CACCGCCGAUCGCUUCCAGCCAAGAGCAAACAACCAGCAAGCCACGUACAGACUUCCACAAUCCCCCAAAACCUCAACGCGCGGGACAUCCAUCCAUCGACCGGCUGCAAGAAGAAACAAUGAGCUUGUCUGUGAGCAAGAAGGCGUCGUCGCUGGUGGUGGCGACGAGCAUGGCGGCAGUGGAGGCGCUCAAGGACCAGGUGGGGCUGUGCCGCUGGGACUACGCGCUCCGAUCGCUCUACCAGCGCGGCCGCCGCGCCGUCCCCGUCUCCCUCUCUGCCUCCUCCCCUUCUCAGGCCGCGAGCAGCGCCGGCGUCGCGGUCGCCAGGACUGCGCGGCCCAGGCGGUCCGAGGAGGAGAAGCUGCGCAAGGCGUACCACAUCGUCUGCUGGGGGCCCAACUGAUUAUUUGUUCUGCUACUCUGUCGCUCAAACCACAAAUGGUGGUGCAUAAAUCGAGUUAUGUACGUAUAUUUGCAAGAAUCUGAGGUCCAGGUCUCUCAAGACAUACGUACCUGUCAUCAACCUGUUCGCCCUAGAAUCUUGUCAUCUACGGAUGCAUCCAGCUUUCCAGUCCUCUCUCAAAUAAAUCCUCUUUUACUCGCA